CCCGUUGCUGAUUUUUCCUCCUCUCAAAACUCCUCCAGCCACCAAAAUUUACUGUCCUUUUUCCCCCUCUCGACUCUUCCAUCUCCAACGGAAUCAAGCUUCAUAAUAAGAGGGGCUUUGUCUUAAGAUCAUACAUUUUUUUGAUUAGCUAUUUAGCACAGUUUUUUCAGAUUCUGGAGGGGAAAAGGUUCAGACUUUGGAGAUAAAAUGGCGACUGGAGCAGUUCCGGCUUCUUUUACAGGUCUAAAGAGCAGGGAAAAUGGACUGGGUUUUGCAAAAAGCAUGGAGUUUGUUAGAGUUUCCAACACUCAAAGGGUUAAAUUUCGUCGAACCAAGGUUUCCGUAAUAAAAAAUUCAAAUCCUGGACAGGAAAUUGUUGAGCUUCAGCCUGCAUCAGAAGGGAGUCCACUAUUAGUUCCCAGACAAAAAUAUUGUGAGUCUGUGCACAAAACUAUCAGGAGAAAAACUCGCACAGUGAUGGUUGGCAACGUGGCUCUCGGUAGUGAGCAUCCUAUACGAGUUCAAACCAUGACUACAACAGACACUAAAGAUGUUGCUGGAACAGUUGAACAGGUGAUGGGGAUAGCUGAUAAAGGAGCAGACUUAGUUCGAAUAACAGUUCAAGGGAAGAGAGAGGCAGAUGCAUGUUAUGACAUUAAAAACACUCUUGUCCAAAAGAACUAUAAUAUCCCUCUUGUGGCGGACAUUCAUUUUGCUCCUUCUGUUGCGCUGCGAGUUGCAGAAUGCUUUGACAAAAUUCGUGUCAACCCAGGAAACUUUGCUGACAGGCGAGCCCAGUUUGAGCAGCUGGAGUACACAGAAGAUGAAUAUCAGAAAGAAAUUGAGCAUAUUGAGCAGGUCUUCACUCCACUGGUUGAGAAAUGUAAGCAAUAUGGAAGGGCAAUGCGCAUUGGUACCAACCAUGGCAGCCUUUCAGAUCGUAUAAUGAGUUACUAUGGCGAUUCGCCAAGGGGAAUGGUUGAAUCUGCAUUUGAGUUUGCUAGGAUUUGUAGGAAGUUGGACUUCCACAACUUUGUGUUUUCAAUGAAGGCAAGCAACCCUGUUAUCAUGGUUGAAGCAUACCGACUUCUUAUAGCUGAAAUGUAUGUUCUAGGAUGGGAUUACCCAUUGCACUUGGGAGUUACUGAAGCUGGUGAGGGAGAGGAUGGACGGAUGAAAUCUGCAAUUGGUAUCGGAACACUUCUUCAGGAUGGUUUGGGUGAUACAAUCAGAGUUUCCCUUACGGAACCCCCAGAGGAGGAGAUAGAUCCCUGUCGAAGGCUGGCAAACCUUGGUACAAGAGCAGCCGAACUUCAGCAAGGAGUGGAACCAUUUGAAGAAAAACACAGGCGAUAUUUUGAUUUCCAACGCCGAACAGGUCAACUGCCAGUGCAGAAGGAGGGUGAAGAGGUGGAUUAUAGGGGUGUCCUCCAUCGUGAUGGAUCUGUUCUCGUGUCCGUUUCUUUGGAUCAAUUAAAGACACCUGAACUUCUGUACAGAUCUUUAGCGGCAAAACUUGUAGUUGGCAUGCCAUUUAAGGAUCUUGCGACUGUUGACUCAAUUUUAUUGAGAGAGCUUCCUCCUGUUGAUGAUAACGAUGCAAGAUUAGCUCUCAAAAGGUUGAUAGACAUAAGCAUGGGUGUUAUAACACCUUUGUCAGAGCAGUUAACAAAACCUCUGCCAUAUGCCAUGGUUUUGGUUACUCUAAAGGAACUAUCAAGUGGAGCACACAAGCUUCUCCCUGAAGGAACACGCUUGGUUGUCUCUGUACGCGGUGAUGAACCCAAAGAAGAGUUGGAAAUCCUCAAGAGCACUGAUGCCACAAUGAUUCUUCAUGACAUAACCUAUACAGAUGAAAAGAUUGGCAGAGUUCAUGCUGCUAGGAGGCUUUUUGAGUAUCUUUCUGAAAACUCCCUCGACUUCCCUGUCAUUCAUCACAUUCAAUUUCCUAGAGCAAUCCACAGGGAUGAUUUGGUCAUUGGCGCUGGGAGCAAUGCCGGAGCCCUUUUGGUAGAUGGUCUUGGAGAUGGAGUCUUGUUGGAAGCCCCUGAACAGGACUUCGAAUUUCUCAGAAAUACAUCAUUCAAUUUGCUGCAAGGUUGCAGAAUGCGUAAUACAAAGACGGAAUAUGUGUCAUGCCCAUCAUGUGGGCGAACCUUGUUUGACCUUCAAGAGAUAAGUGCAGAAAUAAGAGAGAAGACAUCACAUUUGCCUGGUGUUUCGAUUGCAAUUAUGGGUUGCAUUGUGAAUGGACCUGGAGAGAUGGCUGAUGCAGAUUUUGGUUAUGUUGGUGGUGCUCCUGGAAAGAUCGAUCUUUAUGUUGGGAAGACGGUGGUAAAACGAGGUAUUGCCAUGGAGCAAGCAACUGAUGCUUUGAUCCAGCUAAUUAAAGACAACGGACGCUGGGUCGACCCUUCCGCGGAAGAGUAAAAUGAGUCUGCAUUGCAAACACAAGAAGAGGACAGCAGUCAAAAUAUAUCGAUGUUUAGUCAUGAACAGGAAUCCCAAGUCUAAGGCGUACAUGGUGAGGCAACCUUUUUCCCUGGAACUUGUCUCCCAGUCUGCGGUCUUAGCACAGAAUAACGAGAAAUAUGAUGUAGCAUUACAAUCCAUGAAUCAUGGAACAGAUCUUAAUUGAUGUUCAUGUAAAUUAGUGAUAUAUUCAUUAUCAAAUAAAUCAAAUUUGUAAUUCUGACUGGAAAGCAUGUUCUUGAAGUAUCUGCUUGUCAAAGUACUUGUUUGUACAAGGCUAGAUGAUGUCUGAAGUUCUCUCUUUUUUCUUUU